UGCGUGGAAGGAAACUCUUCCUCCAUAGUCCAUACAAAAGCGAAAAGAGCCACGAGUCCACGACUGGGACAAGUAGAGGAAAAGGACCAAAGAACAGAGCGAGCGAGAUGAGUAGUAGCAGCGAGAAGCUAAACUUGUCAAGCUCCGAAUUGGACUUGGAUCAACCCAACAUCGAGGACUACCUCCCUUCGGGAACCUCCAUCCAAGAGCCACUGGGCAAGCUCCGCCUGCGUGAUUUGCUCGACAUUUCUCCUGCCCUAACCGAGGCUGCUGGUGCCAUUGUCGAUGACUCGUUCACACGAUGUUUCAAGUCGAAUCCUCCGGAACCAUGGAACUGGAAUGUGUAUUUGUUUCCGCUAUGGUGUUUUGGGGUCGUAGUUCGAUAUUUCUUUCUAUUCCCCGCGAGGGUUAUAGUGUUGACAAUGGGAUGGAUAAUAUUCCUAUCGGCUUUUAUUCCGGUGCAUUGUCUGUUGAAAGGGCAUGACAAGUUGAGGGAAAAGAUUGAGAGGUCAUUGGUGGAGUUAAUUUGCAGCUUCUUUGUUGCGUCGUGGACUGGGGUUGUAAAAUACCAUGGGCCACGGCCUAGCAUGCGACCUAAGCAGGUUUUUGUGGCCAAUCAUACUUCCAUGAUUGAUUUCAUCAUCUUAGAACAGAUGACUGCAUUUGCUGUUAUUAUGCAGAAGCAUCCUGGAUGGGUUGGACUCUUGCAGAGCACCAUAUUAGAGAGUGUAGGAUGUAUCUGGUUCAAUCGUUCAGAGGCAAAGGAUCGCGAAAUUGUAGCAAGGAAGUUGAGGGAACACAUUCAGGCGCCUGACAAUAAUCCUCUUCUCAUAUUUCCAGAGGGAACUUGUGUGAAUAAUCACUAUACGGUUAUGUUCAAGAAGGGUGCAUUCGAACUCGGCUGCACUGUUUGCCCAAUUGCAAUUAAGUAUAACAAAAUAUUCGUUGAUGCUUUUUGGAACAGCCGGAAGCAAUCCUUCACAACACAUCUGCUGCAGCUCAUGACAUCCUGGGCUGUUGUUUGUGAUGUUUGGUACUUGGAGCCUCAAAGUCUAAAACCUGGAGAGACACCCAUCGAGUUUGCAGAGAGGGUUAGGGACAUAAUAUCUGUUAGAGCAGGUCUCAGAAAGGUACCUUGGGAUGGAUAUCUAAAGUACUCUCGUCCUAGCCCAAAACAUAGAGAACUGAAGCAACAAAGCUUUGCUGAGUCAAUGCUGCGACGUUUGGAGGAGAAGUGAUAUGUACAUAUUAUGUUUAAUUCUUUACUUGUACCGCUUUUGAGAUCCAGAGUGGCUGAUCUAUAGUUGAUUUCCCAUAAGCUAGUCGUCCCCCAACAUGUAAGGGCCUUUAGGGUUUAGACUGAUGAUUAAGCAAAAUAAUAUGUAGUUUCUCAACUU